AUAAUUCGUGAUCAAAACGAGACAGCUCAUAAACCUCAAUUUUUCAAUUCAUCAUUGAUCCUGGAAUCCACAAUGGGCCUCCUUACGAGCGCAAGUUCAACCUUGACGACCAUCUUUGCUUCCUCUCAAGCCCAGACUCAGGCUUCUCCUUCUACUAGUUCAUUUCCUCAAUUUUCCAAACUUCCAAUCGAACUACGACUCAAGAUCUGGGCUUUUGCUCUCGAGCCCCGACCUCUCCUUGUUCACCUCCACAAAUUCGACCCAUCAUGGCUGAACGACCAGCAAAGAUAUGAAAGCUACGCCCCAGAUUGGCCCGAACACUCCAGCUUGGCCGAACCCUUCGAUGGCCCCCAGUUCACCCCCAUGACAGAAGAGGAAGGGGGCGAAAUAUCCUGCAAUCCAGAUUAUCCCUCAGAUCCACAACCAUAUCACAUGGUCGUCACGCCUUGCACUGAUGCACAUCCAUGCCGCUGCACAUACUACCCCCCGUCAUCCACCCACGCACUCCCCUUACCACCCCUCCUUUCCACCUGCCGCGAAAGCCGAGAAGCUUUCAUGGGCCAGUACAUCCGCUGCCUAGAAUCCGAAUACUCCACUCGCGGCGUCCCGGUCGUGCAUCCAACCUCCCUCCUCGUAAAAUCACCACCAUCAACACUUCUCCCCCAAACAGGCCUCAUCAUCAAUCCCUUCCUCGACACAAUUAUCCUCCACGUAAAUGUCGCGUGUCGCUCCGAUGUCCAGCAAGUACACUUCUUUGCAUCCAUCCUAUCUACCCAGCUCCCGGAGGUCAGAAAAGUAGUGAUACAGAUCGAUAUUGCUAUGCCCCCGUAUAAAUUUUGGCAAUCAGCUCGCUUUCAGUAUUGGAGGAGGUGGGGGGAGGAUGGGUGGUGGGUUCCUACGCGGUUUUUGAUUAGGCUGAGAGGGUUGAGAGAAGUGGUGUUGGUGUGUGGAGAGAAAGAGAAGAUGUUACCGUCCGAGUGGAGGGCGCGGACGGAGGGACAGUGGGUGGAAGAGUUGGAGAAGAAGAUGGAGGAGUGGCCGGGGGAGUGGAGAGGAGAGAUGCCGAGUUUGCGGUUUGUGGGGGAUGUGAAGGAGGCUUGAGGCAUCCGUAUUUGCCAUCUUGUUGGAAAUGCGAAGUAUGUGUCUCGCGACCAAACACGAUACCGGUACCGAGUGCUUUGGAGAUAGGGGUUAGCUCUCCGUCCUCGCUUACGAAUAUUGCGGCAUAAAGUGACGGGAUUACAGGGCAUUUACGCUCGCGUAGGGGUCUUAGCGGACUCCAGGGUGUUGUUUAAGGUACUACACCCGUUAUAAGCAUUGUAACUCUAGGCCUGAAUCCCUAAAACAAGGGCUGUAAGACAUUUGCAAGGCGUUUGAAGAUCUUCAGGGGUUACAAUGUUGCUGGCGGAGCAACUAUAGCGCUCGGACGCUGUGAGAGAGCUAUUAUAGGACCCUUUAGCGACUCUGCCCCUGUAUGUACAGGGGACAUGCCUUCUAAAGGCGUAGUACCCCUUGUUUAUAGUUUAUAGCGUGCUUACAGGAGAGUAGCC